ACUAGCUCCUUGUUUUGUUGAGAAACUCCUUUAUUUAUGAACUAAACUAUCUUUUGGGCAUUUUGAUGUUUGUUUUUUAACCAAACGCGUCUCCUAAAUGACCUCUAGCCUCAUUUUGUAAGAUGAGAUGCUAAAGAGUUUUAGCUGGAAGGAUCUCUUCCAUUUCCAGUGAUCUCAAACUGCGAUGCAGGAAAACAUUACAGAUCCCCAACUGCCGUGUUUACUUACCCCUCCGACUGCGGAUUCUGCCCCAGCCAAAAAGCCCUUCCUGAAGAUGGAUAAACCUCACCACCACAGGCUCUUAAAGAAAAUGAACAUGCCUUUCGUACAGGACCCCGAAAACCGACACAACUAUGGCAGCUUCGAAGAGAAGGGCAGUACGGCUUUUCUGAAAUUCCACCCUCAUCCAUCUCCUUCCACCCAACAGUCUCCUUUAGCCCCGCACAGGGAUGACAGUCCUUUAGGCGACCCUUGCUCGGGAUCCUUGAGUGCAGGGGGCCGGGCCGAAUUGGAGGCCGAAGUCGAAAGGACCGUCCCGACCCGCAGGGAACUCAGUGAGCCGAAACCUCAGCUCUUCAUCCCUCCGCCAGACGACGGUCUUCAGCAAGUCGGAAGGGAAGCAAAACUGAUGGAAGAGCUGAAGCGGAGCAGACUCUGGAAUUCCAGGGCGGUAUCAGAUGCCGCUCUCAGGGCCAGGCUUGGAGGUUGGACAAGUUCAUCAAGAGUAACACCUGCUCCUGGUAGACAUGAGGAUAGUGUAUUCACAAAUAAAAAAUUAUUUAAAAGAGAUCUGGCUCUUGAGGACUCAGAUGAACUUUCUUCUGUGGAUCAAGCUGCAGACAGAGCAAGGGACUUUGUUUACAAGUCUUCCACACAAAAAAGUUAUGAAGCUGUCCCAUGGGAUAAGAUUCUGCUUCCAAAACUGACACCACCCGUUUCAACAGUAGAAAAGAAGGCCGAUCCUGUCUCUCAAUGUUUCACCCUAAGAAGAUAUGAACAGAUGCCAGAAAUAAGCCAAAUUGUUGGGGGCCUUUGGGAUCGAUUUCAAACAAGACGCUUCACAUCAGCAGCUAAACCCAUUAAUUUUGUGAGCCCAAGUUCCCGAACGCAGUAUAUCCCUCUUUACACGGGCUGUAUUGAGUCAAUGUCUGCAGAUGACAUAGACAACCCUUAUGGAGAUAUUUCGUCUUUGGGCAAGCCUAGAUCUUCCAAACCUCGUUUUACAACUACAAGCUACACUCCACAUAUUCCUGGAUAUAUGGGGAAGGUUCAUUUCACAGCCACCCACCCAGAAAAUUCUAAUCUUCCGUCAACAACCCCAUCAACAAUUCCAGAACGGCAUCAAGAGGCUCUGGAAAGAGAAUGAAGAAGCAAAUGGACAUGACAUGUGAACCAAAGGAAAAGCAGCC